CUUAUAGAGGAAUAAAGUGAAGAGAAGCUCAGCAGCGGACUCACAGCUCUGACAGCUUCACCACGUCAAGUGAUAUCGACCAUUUCUCACAAAAAAAGACCAGCUUGAAGUUCAGAUUUGACCGUGUCGAGGACACGACCGGGGCAGAUGAAAACUUGACCGGCAUCCGAAGUUCUGCGUUUUGUUUUUUGUUUGCUGUCAUGAACUCCGUCAGAAGCCUGUUUUCUCUGAUCGUCUGUCUGUGUGUGCUGCUGUCAGUGUGUGUCCCAGAUUCAAGUGCCUCUGCCAGCUCCAGCCUGUGGGGUAAGAAGAUAACCAUCAGAGAUAAUAAGUGUGUGUGGCAGCUACAACCGGGCACUGUAGUACCAGCCCUCCAGGAGCUGAGUGUGUGUGUGCUUUUACGCAUCACUGCGAGAAUACUGUGGACGGGUUUCGUCUACAAAGCGCCAGCGAAAAGCGAGAUAGAACUGGGACUCCAGGGCACAGAUGAACAUCUGGAUGUAUUGCUAUUUGAAACACGUCAUCGCCUGGAGACAAAACUGAACCUGAGUCAGUGGUACUCUGUCUGCCUCACCUGGUCCGGUCAAGCUCAGAGGCUGCAGGUCUACAUAAAUGGAUCCAUCCAUUAUAAUGCCACCGUGGAUCGCCAGCAGCUCGCCCCAGGUGGCACUCUCACUCUGGGGGUGUCUCAUUUUGCAGACUCCGGCAUAGUGAAGCCAGAGUCUGGGAACAAUCUGAUUGGUGAGAUCGGUCGGUUCAGGAUGUGGGACAGAGAGUGGAGCGCCGAGGAGCUGAGCGGGCCGAGCUGUGCAGAUGGAGACGUGUUGAGGUGGGACAUGAAGCAGUGGAAACACGACUGCCGCCCUCCAGAGCCUGACCACGCCUUACACUGUGCAUGGCCGCUCUACAAAAUCACAGUGUGGACGGUCUUACGUCACACUACAGCGCCUGACAAUUGUUCAGCGUCACCGGAGGAAGUCACGAGAAGCUGGCUGCAGAGUGUUUUCCCUCCCAGCAUCUCCGUCCAUCACAUCAUCGUCUCGUCACCAAGCCCUGCCUGCCAUGGGGUUAAUAAUUCUGCCGCUCCGCAUGUGCAACAACCUCAGACAUCGCAGACAUUAUCAAACUCCAGCUGUGACAAAUGUUUCUGGUCUGACGUCUAUGUGAAAGUGGAUCCUGCUGCCAGCGUUGAAGCGGUUCAAGCGAACAUCGCUGCGUUACUGAAUCCGUCCUUCUCUUACAACUUCCUCAACCUGACAUCUGACCCUGAUAGCAUCAGCGUACUCCCUGUAGAGUCAUUCCCUGCAGCGACGGAGGCAACACCAACUGUCAGCACUGGUGUAACUACGCCAGAAGCAGGUCCAACUCAAAGUCUGCCGGCGUCACAUCCUAACAUAUCGACCACCGACGAGCCUUUGGAUCUCAACGAGACUGCCUACGGACCUGGUACAUUCUUCCGAGUAAAUAUGAACUUGAGUAUGAGCGGCAGUCCAACAAAACCCAAGGACAUUAUUGAGAACUGGGUGAAACAACAGCUGGAGGCGAACGGCACCAUGACGGUGCUGAAUGUUGUCAUAAAGAGGAAAUAUGGCAGGCAGAAGUACGACGCCCACAUGAUUUUCCCGGACCAACAAAAACAAUAUUACUGCAACUUCCAUGUUCAGGAGUACAAAAUGAGCAAUGUGACAGAAAUCAAAAUGUUGAUCAACGCUGCCUUGACAUCAAACCAUGAAAAUGACUCCAUUGCUGUUCAGCCCACGGAUUUGGUGAUCAAGCACAUAGAACCAGAAAACUGUUUAGAGGAAACUACUCCGACAAUCUACGGAGAGUACAUUUGGCCUGAGACAUUCCCGCAAGAAAUCCAAAUGAUGGGAUGUGUGAAACCAACAUCAGAGAGAGCCUCAAGGCUUUGUAAGUUGGACAUUAAGACUGACACGGCCAGCUGGACUCGUCCUAACAUGAUGAGCUGCCUCCCGACCAAGACCAUACCGGGCCUCAGAAAUAUCACCGUCACUAUUGGUAACGCGGCUGAGGUUGUGGACAUGAUCCGGGACCUUGUAGACGCUCAGUUAGGGAGCCAUGAGGAGCUUUCUGCCUCCGAUCUGGAUACGGUGGUUCACAAGCUUGACGAGGUGGUUACAGUCAGCAUCAUCACACCCGACAUCGGCGCUGACAUCGUCGAUAUCAUUGCCGAUAUCCUGCAAUCCAAAACGUACAUGACUCCAGUGGCUAAUAGCAUCCUCAAUAUGACGGAGGAAAUGGGGAACAACAUGGAUUUCCACGACGAAUCUGUCAACGUCACAGCACCGUUUUUGGCCGUGUCAAUGAUCAACGUGUAUCCAGAUGAGUUCAAGGGCCUCACUUUCGGAGUGUCCUCCAUUUCUUCAAACCUGAACCCACAGAUUUUUCUCGACCAGAACUUUGUGAGUGAUCCGUCUCCUGACAAUGUUGCGACUAUCUCUUUGCCCUCUGCGCUCCACGAUCAUCUCCUCCCCGGACGAAGUAACACGACUCGUGUCCAGUUUAGCUUUUAUGGAACACAAGAACUUUUUCAGGAUCCACUCACAACUAAUGCAACACACAGCAGCUGGACAUUGAAUUCCCACAUCGUGUCUGCCAGCAUCAAUAACAGCUAUGUCAGCAACCUAAAGGACCCGGUGGUGGUGACCCUCAAACAUCAAACACCCAAACAACCGGAAGACAAGGUUUAUUGUAUGUUUUGGGAUUUCCAGAGAAACGGCGGGAAGGGUGGUUGGAACAGCAGAGGUUGUGUUACCAGCAGUAUUUCUCCUAAUCGUACCAGCUGUCUCUGCGAUCACCUCACACAUUUCGCCGUGCUCCUGGAUGUUUCCAGAACCCACAUCAGUCCGGCUGACAGUCAGAUCCUGACAGUGAUCUCUUAUCUCGGUUGUGGUAUUUCCUCCAUCUUCCUGGGCGUCACGCUUCUCACCUAUCUUGCUUUUGAGAAGCUGCGUCGAGACUACCCGUCCAAGAUACUCAUCAACCUGUCUGCUUCCCUGCUGGGGUUGUGCAUGCUCUUCCUUCUCGACUCCUGGCUCUCGUCCUUCUCCAACUACGGGCUGUGCAUAGCCACCGCUGCAACGCUGCACUACUUCCUGCUCGCCUCGUUCACCUGGAUGGGCCUGGAGGCCGUCAACAUGUACCUCGCGCUCGUCAAGGUCUUCAACAUCUACGUUCCCUCCUACAUCCUCAAGUUCUGUGCUGUGGGAUGGGGUGUUCCACUUGUUAUAGUCGGCUUGGUGCUGGCCAUAGAUAAAGAUGUCUAUGGCAGCAUUUCACCUGAGGAGGCUGCAGUGGCGCUUCAGUCCACUGAACCGUUCUGCUGGCUGCAGAAUGAUGUCUGCUUCUACGUUACGGUGGUGGCAUUUGUUCUUCUGAUCCUGCUGUGCAACAUCUCUGUGUUCAUCGUGGUUCUGGUCCAGAUCAGACAGAUGAGGGUCAGUAAGCGCUCAGCAAACAGCCGCAGCUCUCUGCAUGACCUGAGGGCGGUGGCCAGCCUCACCGUCCUGUUGGGUCUGACGUGGGCGCUGGCUUUUUUUUCCUUCGGGCCGGCCAGACUGGCCCUGCUGUACCUGUUCUCCAUCUUCAACUCUUUGCAGGGGUUCUUCGUCUUUUUGUUCCACUGUCUGAUGAAGGAAAAUGUGAGGAAGCAGUGGAGACUCCACUUGUGCUGUGGACGCUUCAGGCCAAAAGACUGCUCAGACUGGAGCCACACUGUGACAGCAGGCAAAAAGAACAUUCUUGUAAACUCUGACUCAGUCGCUUCUAACAGCACCUCCACAGUCCGGAAGGUGUCGGACUCCUCUACGGGAUCAGCACCAAAGCACCACCAGGGGGCAUGAGUGGGCCUCUGGGAUGUGUCACUCUGGACAGCUCUCCCCUCCAGGGUCCAUUGCUCAUUCACAAACACUGAUAGCCGAAAAUAGAACAGAUCUGUGUCCAUUAGGAGCAGAGAAAUAUCACAUAACGCUCCUGAACCUUGUAUUUAAAUCAGCCCUGUAGAGUGCACACUGAGCCGACAGUCAGCUCAAAGCACAGUAGAGGAGUGUGUUUUUGAAAAAUGCUCGUUGCACUUAUUUAAAAGGCUAAAAGCCUUUAAUCUAGUUCGUCCUCAAGCUCAACAAAAUGGCUUUAACUGUUAUGUUGAAUGACUCGUGCUUACAAAAAGAUUUUGUGUUUGUGAAGGGAGCAUUUAUAAUAUUGUUCCGUUUCUGAAAGGACUGUUUUCAAGUACAGCACAUGAGAAACUGUAACUGUUCAUGACGUUUCCUCUGAAGAUGAUUUUAAGGUAUCCUUAAUUGAAAUGAUGAUAAAGAUAUUCAUGUUAUUCUGUCAAAACACUUUGUGCGAUUUUUAUAUUUAUCUAAUCUCAGCAGUGCUUAAACAUGUUGAACCACAUCGCCAGAAUAAAACUUUCUGCAAACCAUGAA